UAAACGGUUAUGGAUUUGCCCAAAAGACAAACUACAAGAACUUGUCUAUGCAUCUACUGGGAAAGUUGGAUUCCUCUUGCAGGAAUAGUCCACCUCCGGAUAUAAAUAAUGGCAAGUUCGUCAGGUUCAAGAAGACCAGGAUCGAAGCUGGAAAGCCCAAGUCAAAGCGUUACAUGGUGGCGGAAUUUAAGUGUAACGAAGGUUACAAAUUUAGAAAUUCCCAUCCUAAGAAAAUGUUUUGCAGCAAAAAGAAAUGGGUUGGGAAGAAACCAGUUUGUGACAAAAUUAAAAAUGAUUUUGACACGCUCCAGGGUGAUGAUCCCAGCGCAGCAUCGCCACAGUAUUUUCUGAACUCGGGAGAGUGUUCACCAGAGGACCAGGCGAAAUGCACACAUAUGUGUCGAAUGCGUGACGGUCAACCACUGUGUGACUGCUUACCAGGAUUCGAGAAGGACGGUAGCGAUUGUAGAG